AUGGCGCUGCUCCGACGCCCGACGGUGUCCACUGAUUUGGAGAAUACUGACACGGGAGUUAAUUCUAAACCUAAAAGCCAUGUGACUAUCAGGCGGGCAGUUUUAGAAGAAAUUGGAAAUCGAGUUACCAUCAGAGCCACACAAGUAACUAAGAAAGCUCAGAACACUAAAGUACCUGUUCCACCCACCAAAACAACAAAUGUCAACAAGCACCUGAAACCUACUGCUUCUGUGAAACCAGUGCAGAUGGAAGUGUUGGCUCCAAAGGGUCCCUCUCCCACACCUGUGGAUAUCUCCAUGAAGGAAGAGAACCUCUGCCAAGCUUUCUCUGAUGCCUUGCUCUGCAAAAUUGAGGAUAUUGAUACUGAAGACUGGGAGAACCCUCAGCUCUGCAGCGACUAUGUUAAGGAUAUCUAUCAGUAUCUAAGGCAGCUUGAGGUUCUACAAUCCAUAAAUCCACAUUUUUUAGAUGGAAGAGAGAUAAACGGACGCAUGCGUGCCAUCCUGGUGGAUUGGCUGGUGCAAGUCCACUCCAAGUUUAGGCUGCUGCAGGAAACUCUGUACAUGUGCGUCGCCAUCAUGGACCGAUUUUUACAGGUUCAGCCAGUCUCUCGUAAGAAGCUUCAACUGGUUGGGAUUACAGCUCUGCUCUUGGCUUCCAAGUAUGAGGAGAUGUUUUCUCCAAAUAUUGAAGACUUCGUUUACAUCACAGACAAUGCUUACACCAGUUCUCAGAUUCGAGAAAUGGAAACUCUAAUUUUGAAAGAACUGAAAUUUGAGUUGGGUCGACCUUUACCACUACAUUUCUUAAGGCGGGCAUCAAAAGCCGGAGAGGUUGAUGUUGAACAGCACACUUUAGCCAAAUACUUGAUGGAACUGACUCUCAUUGACUACGACAUGGUGCAUUAUCACCCUUCUAAGGUGGCAGCAGCCGCUUCCUGCCUGUCCCAGAAGGUUCUAGGCCACGGAAAAUGGAACUUAAAGCAGCAGUAUUACACUGGAUACACAGAGAACGAAGUAUUGGAAGUCAUGCAGCACAUGGCCAAAAAUGUAGUGAAAGUAAAUGAAAAGUUAACGAAAUUCAUCGCCAUCAAGAAUAAGUAUGCCAGCAGCAAACUCCUGAAGAUCAGCACGACUCCCCAGCUGAACUCAAAAACCAUCCAAGAGCUUGCCUCACCUCUGCUGGGACGGUCCUAG